UACUUGAAGUUGACAUAUUCUACGUUCAUAACUGGUAAAUAUAUUGAACAUAUGUUUAAUUUAUUGUAUUGUAUCCAGCAAAGAUCUAUACAUAAACCAGCCAAACCAAGUAGGACGUAGAGACCAGAGUAUAGUAUUGUGAUAGUAUUGACAUUUUAAUACAAUUAUAAGUGAACGUAUUUAUAUUACUCCAACUUUCAAUCAAAAUUAAUUAUAGCUUAUACUAUAAUGGCCAGUAAAAAUUCAAAAUCAGAUGAAAAAUACCUGUUGAAAAAUGGCAGAGUCUUACUAAAAGAAAUGUUUGACGGAUUAGCUUAUACUUAUCCCGUAUUUGAUGUAUAUCCAGAGAGUAGAAUAGUUGGAUUAAAAUUGAAAUCAGAAAAACGGGUUUGUUUACUUGGUGGCGGUGGAUCUGGACAUGAACCAUAUCCAUUUGGAUAUAUUGGUGAUGGGAUGUUAUCUGCAUCUGUUAGUGGCUAUGUGUUUACUUGUUGUUCAUCACUGAAUAUUUACCAGGCAAUCAAGUAUUUAAAUAAUUACAACAAUAAUGGAGGAGUUUUACUUAUUGUGGCGAAUUAUACUGGUGACGUAUUCAAUUUUGGAUUGGCCUGUGAAAAAGCAAAAAAAAUCGACAAUAUUAAUGUGGCCGAAUUAAUAGUGAGUGAUGAUUGUUCAAGGCCUGGAGGAAAAGUAGGGAAAAGAGGCAUGUGUGGCUUAUUGUAUGUUAUAAAGUUAGGAGUAUGUAUAUCAGAAAAAGCAAGUUUAAUAUUAAAAAGCAUAUUGAAACAAAUUGGAGAAGAUCUUUUAAAAAAUGUUGAUGUCUUAAACAAAUUGGAUCAAGAAAUCGGAGAUGGUGACAAUGGUUCGACUAUUUCACGGUUUGCUUCUGAAUUGCUUACCAUUCUAAAUAAACUGCCAUUAAACUACCCAGCCAGUGUUUUAUAUUCUUUGGCAUUCAUCUGUGAAGACAAAAUGGGUGGUGCCUCUGGGGCUCUUUAUAGUUUGUUGUUGACUGGAGCUGCAGGGCAUUUAGCUUCAAUGGACUUUUUAGACUGGACUGGAGCAUUGAAAAAUGCACUAGAUACAUCUAUGAAAUAUUCAAGUGCAAGAAAAGGAGAUAAAACCAUGUUUGAUCCAAUAAUUGCGAUUUAUCAAGUAUUUCAGAAAUAUGGAAACUUAAAUGCUAAGAACUAUACAACUGUUUUAGAAAAAGCAUUACAGCAUGUGCAAGAUGUUUGCAAUGAUGUAAAACAAAUGAAAGCAGAAUUUGGUAAAGCUUCUUAUGUAGAAAGUGUUACUUCUGUUGGUAAAAUGGWUGCUGGAGCUUAUGGUGUAGCUUUAUGGUUUAAUGCCAUACAUACUGCUUAUAAAGAUACAUCAAAAUAAAUAUUAUUUCGAAAUGAUAAUUAAUUUGAGUAGUUGUUACGUAUUAGAAAAGUUUUACUAUUAAAUGUAUAAAAAAUGAUAUUUAAGUAAAAUAAUGCAUAUAUUUAAAAGUU